AGGGAACUUUUUCACAAAGUGCAGUAUCCCACCCCAUCCAAUCACGACUCACCACCUUCAGGCUUCAGCGUUAGCAUUAGCAUUACCCCCUCUCUCUCUCUCUCUUUCUCUCUCUCGCAGAUGUUGAUGUUGGCAGAAUUUUCAGAUUCAUCGCCUCAAGCUAGCAAAAGCUUUGCUUUUCAGCUCAGUAUUAUUAUAGUUUGACACACACAGCUGGUCUCUUUCUUCUCUUCUCCCUUGUUGGUCGGUCCUCAAGGGAAAGGGAGGAAGAAACCCAUGAUCUUCUUCCCCAGCUCGUCUCUUUCCCUGCUCUCUGGUCGUCAGGACUCUGACUUUCACUCUCCGAACUUCUCCUUUGUACUGGAAGUUUGUUUGAGGGUUCGUCUCUUAGAGCACUGAGUUCUCCGUCAGCGACGAGUUCGUUGAUGUCUGAUAGAAGCCUCUCUGCAUAGAUUUUCUUGAUUUCGUUCCUGGGUCUCUGCUUCUUCUUCUCUUGAUGUGUUUCAUUCUUGUUCCUAGCCGCGUUGGAUGGCUUAUUGGGUUUAGAUCUCGAGGCUCGCUGGCAAGCUUCGUGUUCAAAUUCUCAGCUUAUCUGUGAUUUGUUGCUUAUAUUUUGAGAGGCUGUCUUUGUUGUGUUGGGAAAAAAGUCGGUUCUUUAUGAGAUUCCUAAGGCUGUGGUUGCACAGAGGAAAAGGAGUAUUCUGAUUCCUUUCAAGAUGCUUGGUGAUUUAACACGGGUGCUUUUGUGGUGAACCCAGAGCUGCCCGCAUUUCCAGUUUGAGCACACCCUUUUCGUUGUUCUCUAUCUCCCUCACACUCUGUCUCGCCAUCGAAAUUGAAAAGCCGCCUCUCUUUUUUUUUUUUUCCAAGAAGAUCUAGAAUUUGAUCACCCUUCAGCAUCUGACGUAAGUUUAGUCUGAAGGAGGGGUUGUGUGAUUCCCAUGUGAUGAAGUGGGAAAUGGAACUUCUCUCGCCCUCACCAUACGCAUCGAAUGGGAAUUGGUUUCUCGGCGAGGGAAGGACCGCGAAAUGGACCCCUGCAGAGAACAAAAUGUUUGAAAAAGCGCUGGCCGUGCACGAUAAGGACACGCCAGAUCGGUGGCAUAGGGUCGCCUCGUUGAUCCCUGGGAAGACGGUGGAAGAUGUGGUUAAGCACUAUAAGGAUUUGGUAGUUGAUGUGAGCAACAUAGAAGCAGGGCUUAUCCCUAUCCCUGGCUAUAGCACUACAUCGCCCUUCACAUUGGAGUGGGUAAAUGGCCAUGGAUAUGAUGGGUUCAAACAGUCUUAUGGUCUUGGUGGGAAGGGAUCGUCAUCGAUUCGGCCUCCCGAACAAGAGAGAAAGAAAGGGGUUCCCUGGACGGAGGAAGAGCACAAGCUCUUUUUGAUGGGUCUGAAAAAAUAUGGGAAAGGUGAUUGGAGAAACAUUUCCAGGAACUUCGUCGGCACAAGAACGCCGACCCAAGUGGCUAGCCACGCACAGAAAUACUUCAUCAGGCAACUUUCAGGUGGGAAAGAUAAGAGAAGAGCCAGCAUCCACGAUAUCACGACUGUGAAUCUCACGGAGACUAGAACUCCUUCGCCAGAUGAUAAAGGGCCGCCUUCGCCAGGUCAUUCAUCCAUGGUGGCUCGGCAACAGACUUCCGUCGCAGCACCCAGGACUCCUUUUCUAUGGAAUCAGCCAAACAACGGAGGGCCAAUGACCUUCCAUGCGACACAAGGGGAUAUAUCCAUGUGCCCACAUUUCGGUGUGAACUCUUCCGGGCUUAAAUUUCAGGGGCACAAUACUCACAGAGGGACUUUCAUCAAUGUUCAGAACCCGGUUUUUCAUAUGCAAGCUGGACAGAGUUAUCCUCACGGAUGAGAUCGCAGCUUCAUCCCCGUUUCUCCUAGCUCGAAGCAUCUUUUGAUUCUAUCCUUUCAAGUUUAGUGGUGUAGCUGUGGUUGUGCUUUUGUCAUGGUCCUGUGAAUAUGUUUACUAAUUUGAGUUAGUUCAUCAUCAGUAUCUAAACUCAGGACACAGGAGGACAAGAUUGUGUUUCUUUUGGAAGCCAUAAAUCUAGUGUAUAGAUUCUCAGAGCUGGAUUUUUUCCUCUAGUGAGAAUCUCGACCUUUGUUCAGAGUGCUCUGGUGUUCUACCUCUGCCAACAAAGUUCUUCAUUGAAAAAGCUGUGCAAGAACAUGAAGAGGGCAGUAUCAAUAGGCGUAUAUGUGGUCUCUCAUUUGACUGAAUGAUCUAAUUUAUCAUUUCAUGAGCAAACAUUGCUUUACACCCAAAAAGAGGUGAGCAAAGUUCGUUCCUUCUGGUAUUCUCUUUAAUUUGGUACCUCAGAGCGCGAUUCUGGAUAAUGGAUGCAUCCUGAGAAUGGUAUCCAAGGUGACUUAAAUGGAAUAAGGAAUAAAGUCACUGGCCUAAGUAAAGCAUAUUCAAUCCCAAGUUGAAGGCUUUGCUUAAAACACAAUUCUCGUGGCUUGAUGCAAAGGAAGAAUGUGUCGAAGAAAGGGGUUUGCUUUGUUUUGUUUUUGUGUGCAGUAAUGAGUUUGCUGGGGACUGUAAUUUGGCUCGGCCAUUGGAGUUCUUCGCCUUCUGAUCUCGUGUACUCUUGAAAACAGGGGAAUAGCAAUGCCUGAAUUCACUUUCAGAUUUGAU